UCAAAUUGAAGAAGAGCAACACUAGUACCGCCUAUGUUGUAAACUGACGGUUAUUCCCUUGCUACUAAUUUCGGAUAGUAAUUCGGAUAAAAUGCUGUGUUCUUGACUCUCGCGGUUUUUCUACGAAUAAUGAAGGGCAGACACGUUGAAUAGGGAGGGAUAUUAUUCGUUGGAUAUCGUAAGUGCACCCACUCCAUUGGAAGGAUGGAGACCCUAAUUCCCACCAUCAACCGGCUGCAGGAAGUCUUCCUCACAGUGGGUGCAGAGAUCAUACAGCUGCCCCAGAUAGUCGUGGUUGGAUCUCAGAGCAGUGGAAAGAGCUCUGUGUUGGAGAGCCUGGUCGGACGGGAUUUCCUGCCUCGGGGAUCAGGAAUAGUCACAAGACGACCUCUCGUGUUGCAACUUGUUAAUGUUGCCCCUCUGAAGGAGAGACUGAAGACAGAGAGUGGAAAUGGGGUUAAACAAAAUGCCCAAAUCAGCUACCCAGGUGUCAAAGCUGAAGAAUGGGGUACAUUCCUGCAUUGCAAGAAUCAGAUCUUCACAGAUUUUCAGGAAAUUCGUCGGGAAAUUGAAGCAGAGACUGAACGCAGUACGAGUGAAAACAAGGGAAUUAGUCCUGAGCCCAUAUAUUUGAAGAUUUUCUCCCCGAAAGUCCUUAAUCUCACCCUGGUUGAUUUACCUGGAAUCACAAAGGUUCCUGUUGGGGACCAGCCAGAGGACAUUGAGGCACAAGUACAAGAGAUGAUCUUGUCCUUCAUCUCCAAUCCAAACUCCCUCAUCCUCGCGGUGUCCCCUGCCAACUCUGACUUGGCCACCUCUGAUGCUCUGAAAUUGGCUCGUGAGGUUGAUCCAGAUGGUCGUCGUACACUGCUGGUGGUCAGUAAGUUGGACCUGAUGGAUGCAGGGACUGAUGCUCUGGAGGUCCUUCUGGGUCGAGUCAUUCCAGUCAGACUUGGGAUUAUCGGGGUUGUUAACAGGAGCCAGCACGAUAUCAAUACUCAGAAGAGCCUAGAGGACUCGAUGAAGGAUGAGCAGGCUUUCCUGCAGCGACACUACCCCUCGCUUGCCUCCCGCGCUGGCUCCCGCUAUCUGGCCAAAACUCUCAGCAGGCUGCUCAUGCACCACAUCCGGGACUGCCUGCCAGAGCUCAAAACCCGAGUGACCGUACUGAGUGCCCAGUACCAGGCGCGACUCAAUGGCUACGGCCAGCCAGUAGAAGACCACAGUGCCACACUGCUGCAGAUUGUCACAAAGUUCGCCAGCGAUUACUGCAACACCAUUGAGGGAACUGCCAGAUACAUCCAGACCUCAGAGCUCUGCGGGGGUGCUCGGAUCUGUUACAUAUUCCAUGAGACCUUUGGGCGCACUUUGCAGUCCAUCGACCCCCUGGGAGGACUGACUGAGCUUGAUAUCCUCACUGCCAUCCGCAAUGCUACGGGUCCACGGCCAGCACUUUUUGUGCCUGAGGUGUCCUUUGAGUUGUUGGUGAAGCGGCAAAUUAAGCGGCUGGAGGAGCCCAGUAUGCGCUGCGUAGAGCUUGUUCAUGAAGAGCUGCAGCGGAUCAUCCAGCACUGCUCCUCAUUUAGCACACAGGAGCUCCUGCGAUUCCCCAAACUGCACGAUUCCAUUGUGGAAGUGGUGACUGGAUUACUGAGGAAGCGUUUGCCGAUUACUAAUGAAAUGGUGCACAAUUUAGUAUCAAUAGAGCUCGCCUACAUCAACACAAAACAUCCAGACUUCACAGAUGCAGCGCAGGUCUCUGCAUCUGUCAACAGUCAGCAGGCGGAAGCCCUUGAUGGAGGGAAGCGCUGGAAGAACGAGAAGGUUGCAGAAGAGAGAAUCCCGACUGCAGGCUUUGGCAGUCCCAGCAAAGGCCAGGCCAUUAACCUCCUUGACACAGCGGUGCCCGUAUCCCGCAAGCUGAGCGCGAAGGAGCAGAGGGACUGUGAGGUCAUCCAGCGCCUCAUCAAGUGCUACUUCCUCAUUGUCCGCAAAAGCAUCCAGGACAGUGUGCCCAAGACAGUGAUGCACUUCCUGGUGAACUUUGUGAAAGAGCAUCUGCAGAGUGAGCUGGUGGGUCAGCUUUACAAACAGCCACUGCUGCAGGAGCUGCUUAUUGAGUCGCAGGACACGGCACAGCAGCGGACCGAGGUUGCUCAGAUGCUUGAGGCACUCAAGAAAGCGAAUAACAUCAUCUCUGAGAUCCGGGAAACUCAUCUGUGGUAGCCAGAGGAAAGGAACAUUUCCCUUGUCAUAAGACAGCUUUGAGAGUAUGAGAGUGUAUGUGAGUUUACAGCACAGAGGGGGAGUUUUUGUGAGAGCGUGUGUGUGUGUAUUUGUCUAUGUGUGGCAGCACCACCGUUUUCUCAUGGACCAAUGACCAUAGCACAUUUAGAUCUACUUUCUCCCGUCAGCUGUCACCCUGAUCAGUACACUGGGACUGUUGCUUUUCACUGUGAACGUUGUGUAGCGAAAGAAAUUGAUUAAACACUCAGGCCGAAAGUGUUGCUGCAAAGUUGAAAUGUGAAAGACACAGCCGCGAACAAAAUCUUUUUGCAUUAUUUUGUGACAAAAUGUUUGUUCUGUCGUGGGUUUGUUUGCUGUAAAUAUAAAAUGUAGACUAUAUGUGAAGUAUCAGAGUUCUCUAGGGUCUUUUUUUUUUU